AUGGCCAAGAGCCUCUGGCGAAGAGCGGAGGACCUCCUCUGGGUGGCCGGCGGGGACGGCAGCCACAGCCACGCCCAGAAAGUGGCCUCCGAGUGUGGCGUUGCACACUGCGAGGAGGCGUGCGGGUCUCGGGUGCAGCGUCUCGGGGUUCUAUGCCUGGAGCAGCUGGACGUGGCGGCCAACCUGAAGCUCUCCCUGCCCUUCUUCGCGGACCAGCUCUUGGGGGCGGUGCAUCUGCACGGGCCACUGGGCCUGGACACCAUCCUCGACUUCUGCUCCCACCUGUGGACGGUGAUCCAGAAGGCCAGCGGUCCGGUAUGCCUUUGCUGCUCCCGGCGCCCUGGGGCGGUUGCCAACUCCCUGCUGCUGCUUGGGGGCUUUCUGAUCCUUGAGAGGAACUAUCCGGCGGCCAAGGUGCUGAGGCUGCUGGACCCGAGCGCCGGCGGCGCCAUUCCAGCUGCGGAGAUGCGGUUCCCCACGCCCUUCCAGGAGAAAGCCAAGUUCACGGAGGAGUCCUUGCUUCUGAGAGACUGCCUUUUUGGCCUUGAGUUCGCCCUCAAGCGGAGAUGGUUAGACCGGAGUCUGGAUGCUGAGAGGCGCCAGGUCGCCGCUGCCUACGACGCGGUACCAGUGUUUUCCGUGGCGCUGGAGAACGACUCGGUCGAGCAAUGUGCCACCAUUGGGUUCUGGAUUGCAGCCGAUCCUGUUACUACCGUGCAGGAUCCGCAGAGUCGUCCAGAAGCAGAAGCACAAGACGUAGUCAAGGCCAACCGCACGGAGUCGACACCAUCCACGGGCGCUUCGACGACUUCUGUCUCGAAAGCAGUCUCGGAUUCGGUUGUGAAGCAUGGGAAGCAGGAGCACAUGACCGGCAUGAUCCGGCUCUACAAGAGCUCUACUCACAUCCACACCGUGUCUGAUGGCAUGCCCGCGCAAACUCCCAGGCAAGUGUGGCGGGCUCGCGCGGACUGGUUCUCCAGACAGUUGACGCUGCCUAUGUCUUCUGGCAAGCACGUCCUCCCCACCAAGGUCCACUGCGCCGAUGGCUUGAAGCGUCCGGCGGACCUGCCGGCCUUUGCCCAGUUCCUGCAGAAACAGAGCUGUUCCUUGCUGACACGAGCAAACUUUGGCACAGAAAAAGGCCUGCCGGAAGGAGGCAGCUACGGCGACUUCUUCGACAGGAGGGGGAUCGAUCAGCUGGACUUGCCAUUCGAGGAUGGCUCGGCGCCGCCGGCGCGGCUGGUGACGCAGCUCAUCGCGGCGGUGGAGAAGCUGCUGAUGGAGACCGGCGAGGAGAGCCGAACAUCUGACACGGUGCGCAACUGCUCUGUGGUGGUGCACUGCAAGUCCGGGCUGGGCCGGUCCAUGUCUCUGCUGGCGGCGCUGGCGCUGGCGUUUUGCCCAGGUCUCACUGCGGGAGCCUUCUUCGGCUGGGCCCGGCUGGUGCGCCCGGCAUGCCUGCAGACGCCGGCCCAAGAGAAGUUCUUGAGGUCUUUGGACGAAGAGACAGCGGUUUGCAGCUGCCUUUUUGCGUGCUUUGGCAAGAAGCCGGCCGCUCCAGCUGCCCUCGCUUCCAACGAUGGCAAAGUGCGGAUUCGGCUCUGA